AUGAUAAUCUCCAUCCCCCUCCUCUUCCUCCUAACAACCACGCUCCACCCAACAACAUCCGCCGCCCUCCUCCCCAGCAGCAACCGCGACACCACCACCACCCCGCGCCGCCUCCUCGCCAACGUCUCCGUAAUCGACACCCCCAUCGUGCGCGCCGCCCAGGCCUUCGCCCGCGCCCACUCGUCCGCCUACCUCUACAACCACGUCAUGCGCGCCUGGCUGUUCGGCGCCCUGCACCUCUCCCACAACGCCACCCUCGCCGCGGCCGUCGACGAGGAGGUGCACGCCGUCGGGCUGAUGCUGCACGACCUGGGCGCCAACCACAGCGUGGACUCGCCGUUUUUUACGGUUGAUCGCCGGUUUGAGGUGGAUGGGGCGUAUGCGGCGCGCGGGUUCAUCCAGUCCCAUCCGGAUGGGAGGCGGUGGGCGGAGAAGAGGGUGCAGCUGGUGUGGGAUGGCAUCGCGCUGCAUGCGGAGGCGAAGUUUGCGCUGCAUAAGGAGCUGGAUGUGGUGGCGAUUUAUCUGGGGAAUGAUUUGGAUUUUGGGGGCCCCAGGUUGGGGAUUACGGAGGAGGAGUAUGGGGCUGUGCUGGCCGAGUUUCCGAGGCUGGAGAAUCAGACGGAGAUGGUGCUGGAGGGGAUUAGCUGGUAUUGUCGGCAUAAACCGCUGUCGACGUAUGACACCUUCAUGCAGCCGUAUGGUGAGAUGUUUGUCCCGGGGUACUCCGCUGUUGGACAUCGGGGGAUUGAUCGAGUCUUAGCUCGAGGCAGUUACUGA